GUUGGUGCGGAUCGCGGACAAUGCCCCGCACGGUGGAGUGUGGCCGGUCCACAGGAGGCAGGGCAAUGCAGCACCCCCGCUACCGGCCGCCGGGCCGGGUCUUGGCCGAGAGGAACCAGGCUGUGGUACCGGUGGGAGCCUGGGUGGAGUGUGCCCGGGACUGGCCCGAACAACAGAAUCCGGCUUUUAUUUCAGCUCUUGAAGUGGAUGAGCAACUAAAAGAAAUCCGUAGAGAAAAGCUGGAGAAUUUGAAGCAUUUUCAAGAAGAGGUGAAGCACCGAGUGAACAAAUAUACUCGAUUACGCAAAAAGCAGCAACAACAGCGAUCUUAUGAAGCAGUUGAAAGGGAUGAUCGUGUGAUAAAGCAAUCUUCUGCUUCAGUUGAAGAUCUCACUCCAAAUAAAAACACAUGCAUCUUUCGUGGUAAUAAUUCAGAAUUUGCCAUUUUUAGUCCAAGCUCUAGAUGGGUGUGUGUUCGGAAUCUGGGCAUUGACAAGCAAGAAGGCACUGAUGUUUUCAGUGAUCAAGCUCAGAAGCUGAGUAAAGUGACAAAACAGGCUCGGCGUAGGCUUGCAUCAUGUCAAACUGUAUCAGAAGAGGACUUGUGCUCAACACUUCCAGGAGGAAUUUGGAAGGUGUCAUCAAUAAGAGAUAACUUAGUAUCCCGAAAAGAGGGACAACUAGAUGCUACAGGAGAUUUCAUGUGCUCAGAAGGUCAACAAGACCUGCCUGCUGAAUUGCAGGUACAGUCUCAGAAAUUGAUGAAUCGAAAACAUGUUACUUUCCAGUCAGAACUGCAGCAUCCCAAGAACCCAGUCGCCCAAACAGAGGUGCAUCUGAAUAUGGCAGGAGAGUUUGUGUGUUUGGAAGACCAGCAUGACCUACCUGUAGAGUUGCAGGAGCAGUCUCAGAAAUUGUUGGAUGGGAAACAUAUUACUUUCCAGCCAGAGCUGCAACAUGAAAGGCCCUGUAGUCGACUUUAUUGUGAGCCCUACCCCUCAAGUUCCUGUGUAGGGUUUAGUACUGACUAUAAGGCAGCACUGAUCUUGAGACCUGGUGUGGACCAGGAAGAGAAAAAGAAGCAGCGUGGUAACCAGUAUUUGAUGUACCGUCGCCUCUUCAUGGAUAUUGAACGAGAGCAGGUGAAAGAACAUCAGCGUCAGCGAGAGCAUGAGAAGAGGAUAGCUAAAAUUAAGGAAGAGAAGGAGAAGCUAAGGGAAGCAGAAGAGAAAAGAAUGCUUAAGCUGACUCAGCAGAGUGAGCUAAUGGGUGAAAGUGAAAAGAUUGCUCAGUUGAAGGAAGAGGAGAAACAAAAGAAAACUGAACAAGUCAAAGCGCAACGCAACAGAGAGAGCACCAGAUAUAUAGAAGCCUUAAGAGCACAGAUGAUGGAGAAGAUUAAAUUGCAGAACACAGAUCUACCUCCACUCUGUUGCUGUGGAACUGAUUUCUGGGACUCCCAUCCAGACAAGUGCGCAAACAACUGCGUCUUCUAUAAAAACCCGAAAGUGUAUGUCAAAGCACUACAGUCUGUAUUAUCUUCAUUCGAUGCUUGGGAUGGACACUGUAGAAAUGCCUCAAUGAAGAAGAUUGCAUCAGUGCAUUUGUGUUCGGCGUGGAAAUAAUUCAUCUGCAGUGGGAAGCUAAAUUCACUUUAGCAAUUAAUCUUUUCAAAAAUGAGUCUAUAUGAAGAUGUGUUCAGAAAAUGUGUGUCUUUUUUUUAAAUAACAAUUGGUUCAUAAAUUAUUUU